GCCCCCGCCCCGUCCCAGGCGCCGCGGCCUCGCCGAGUGCCCCGCAGCCCGGCGCCCAGGCCUGGGUCCGCGCGAGCGCCGAUCCUUCCCCCCUUGCAGGAUUCCAAGAUGCCCGGGGAGCAACAGGGCGAGGAGGAAGAGGAGGAAGAGAUGCAGGAGGAGAUGGUGCUGCUGGUGAAGGGGGAGGAGGAGGAGGGGGAGGAGAAGUAUGAGGUGGUGAAACUCAAGAUCCCGGUGGACAACAAGGAGGCCCCGAGCCAGGCGCCAGCGCCCCCCGCCGAUCCGGCGCGCCCCCACGCGUGUCCCGACUGCGGCCGCGCCUUCGCGCGCCGCUCCACGCUGGCCAAACACGCACGGACGCACACGGGCGAGAGGCCGUUCGCGUGCACUGAGUGCGGCCGGCGCUUCUCGCAGAAGUCGGCGUUGACCAAACACGGCCGCACGCACACCGGCGAGCGGCCCUACGAGUGCCCGGAGUGCGACAAGCGCUUCUCGGCCGCCUCGAACCUGCGGCAGCACCGGCGGCGCCACACCGGCGAGAAGCCGUACGCCUGCGCGCACUGCGGCCGCCGCUUCGCGCAGAGCUCCAACUACGCGCAGCACCUGCGCGUGCACACGGGCGAGAAGCCGUACGCGUGCCCGGACUGCGGGCGCGCCUUCGGCGGCAGCUCGUGCCUGGCGCGCCACCGGCGCACGCACACCGGCGAGCGGCCCUACGCCUGCGCCGACUGCGGCACGCGCUUCGCGCAGAGCUCGGCGCUGGCCAAGCACCGGCUCGUGCACACGGGCGAGAAGCCACACCGCUGCUCCGUCUGCGGCCGCCGCUUCGGCCACCGCUCCAACCUGGCGGAGCACGCGCGCACGCACACCGGCGAGCGGCCCUACCCGUGCACCGAGUGCGGCCGCCGCUUCCGCCUCAGCUCGCAUUUCAUCCGCCACCGGCGCGCGCACAUGCGCCGCCGCCUCUACAUCUGCGCCGGCUGUGGCCGGGACUUCAAGCUGCCGGCCGGCGCCACAGCGGCCACCGCCACCGAGCGCUGCCCGGAGUGCGAGGGCAGUUGAGCUGCCGGCCCAACCGCCGCUGGGCGGGGGACUUGGCCCUCGAUACACUCACCCUGCCCCAGUACGCGGCUCUGGGGAAAGGUGGGACGGGCAGGUGUGUGGUGGCCCAGGGACAAAGGGCAUAAACCCUGCCGGGGUCCCCGGAGAGCGUGCCCACUCCCCCUUCAGUGCAAUCCUGUGGCCCGCGUUAAUGAAUAAAGUAUUCUACCCUC